AAACCCAUCUGGAGGUCCCUGAACUACGCACUUUUUAAUUAUCUGGUCCUUGUACAAUUUUAAACCCACUUAAAGUCCCUGAACUUACUAUUUUUUCUUUAAGAAGCCCUUUUUUGACAGAACCGUCUGCGCGUGUUUUCACUUGCCGUUAAACUAACAGAACUCUCUUUUAGUGAAUACACGUAGGAAAAUAGUGCUGAUGUGUAAGCAGCUGACUUGGGAAACUCAUGCUGACUUUGAUGGGUCUUGGAUCUCGGGUUAGGGGUCGGGUCGUGGGUCCUGGAUUAUCAGUCGGGUCGUAGGUUAUAUUAUUAGGGAUUAGGGUACAAUUUCUUUCACAACAGAAUUGAAAAAGAAAGACAAAACGCAAAGAAGGAGAAUACGCCAUGUCUGAAGCUAGAGGAAUUGAAACUAAGAAUCAAGAGGAAUAUGCCGCCCCAUUUCCUGUGUAUGAUGUGCCGAAGUGCAAAUGUGGAAUUGACGCUAAGGUUAUGGUGGCUUGGACUGAGAAGAAUCCUGGUCGUAGGUUUUUUCGUUGCCCAAAUUGGAGGGCAAAGCAAUGCAGCUUCUUCAGUUGGUAUGACGAGGAAUACGCGCCCCACAUCAAGCAUAUGUUGAACUCAUUGAAGAAACAGAAGGAGGCACUACAAAAGGAAGGCGAAGUGAUCAAGGGGGAUCUGUUUUACCAGAAGUUUUUGAAUGACAGAUGCACUGUGCUGGACUCAAUUGCGAUGGAGACUGAGAUUGUAGAAUUGAAGGGGAACACUUUGAAGAUGAUUGAAUUUGAGAAGGAAAACAAGAAACUGAAGUAUGAGAAGGCUGUGUUGAAGUAUUCUCUUAUUGCUGUUGUUGUCUUAAGCUUGGCUGUGUUAUUUGUCUUUUAGAUUAUGAUCUAAUAUGUACCAAUCUAUCUAUCUAUCUAUUAAAUCCAACUGAACUGUUUUGCAGUUGGAUGUAGGAACAAAACUCUACCUGUUGUUGUA